AUGUCUGCUCCCACUGCGAAGAGCCUAUCAAGUCUUAGUUCCCCCGUAACUGCCGAUUCUAUGCUGUUGGUCCCACCACAUUCGACAUCGCCCGCUAGUAUCGCACUCAACCGGCCCGAAAAGAUGACGACCGACUUCACCCCGACAGGUAGCACGACGGCUGAGUCCUCGCAUAGCGAGUCUGCUAGUUCACGAACAUCCGCCGCGCGGAACGAAGGAGCUGCCUGCGCCGAAAAAGCGAAGGGGGAUGAAGUACAAGUUGAGGUCGUUUCAGCGGCCUCAACAUGCAUGGAUGCGGACAAUCUGCGCUCAGGAAUCACGCCUGCGCCCGAUGUGCGGCUUGAACCGUCGGCCCUGCACCCAGGAGGCGCUUUCCCAAGUAAACUCGAGGCUGCCGCUACUCCCGACCUUCCUCCUGUCUCGCAUUGCCACCCACCUCGCCGUCGGCAAAGUGAGGACUCUCAAGCGACCGCUAGUACUUUCAACGAGAUCAGCAACGUCAGAGCGCGACGAGCAAUAGGGCUGACGACCCUUAUCACCAUCAUUGUAUUCUUGUUCACUUGGGCAAUCACAAUCUUCUUCGUUGCUUUGAAUGAUCCCGGAACAAUGAAGGAAGAGGCUGUGUCGCGGAUUCUCUCUAUCGUAUGCGCGGCCGCGAGCAUGUUCUUUCUAUUCGUCACCCUUAUCCCCACGACCCUGUCCGCGCUCCAAUUCCAUCAUAUCGCCCAGACUUUCAGUCGAAAGACCUAUAUGUACUUGAUAGCACUUGGGGCAAUCUUCAAUGUGGCGAGUACUCUAUGCGUCGGCAUCGCUACACAUCCUCAGUCUGCGUCGCGCACUGGCACGGGCGGAGGAAGUUAA